UACCACAGCAGAAUGUUGCUACAGGUUCUGUGCACCUUGUUUCUGUGGGGAUCGGCGUUCUCUGACACAACCGUCACAAUCUACAACGAGUGGCUCGCCCAGGGUGGACGUGUCAAUUACGAACCUGAAAGAUGGAACAAGAUUAAUGGGCUCUCCCAGCUGAACUUAGUUCCAAAGUUGAAAGCCAUCGACACAUCUCCCGGGCGGUGGGUGAACAGGGACCUGAGAGCAAAUCUCUUUCCAAAUUGGCCAGAAAACCCUAGCCGCAAAGGCUAUCCUAAUCCAACGUAUCUCCAGGACCAUACACUCCAGUCAAAGACAUGGCAGUGGUACAUGCAACAAAUGCAAAACUAUGGGGAUGCCAAGAUCGAAAACAUCGUCUGGAACAUAGAAGGUAGGCACUGGCCCGCCUGGAUAGAUAAGUCUCAUCAUAAUGGCGGAUUCCCAAACAACAUUGACGCUGCAUCUGAGUUUGUGUCGCUGAUGGUUCAGAGUGCCAAGGACUUCACAGGAGGACGCAUACCCAAAAUAUUUGAAGUCCUCAAUGAACCUGACUGGUACGAAAAAACUAUUGACCCACAAACGAAUAUAGACUUCCACAGGGCCGUCGCCGACAAACUGAAAAAAAGAAUUGGAAUGAAGGUAUGCGGACCGUCCUACACCAGUAUGAUCUUAAGACAAGCAGAUGAAAACAACUUCAGCAACUGGAAGAAAACUGCUAAGUUUCUUGAUAUGUCUCUCGACCACUUGGACUUUUUCUCUUUCCACUCCUACAACUAUCUGCGUAUAUCGGGUAGUACCAAUUCCUACUUUGGCAUAAACGAAGCCCGCCUGGUUGCUUCUCUCGACAUGGUGGAAAAUUACUCUCAUAUCAAGAAAGGGAAAAAUGUACAGUUAAUUAAUACUGAAUUUGGAUUAGGUAACAUGUUCGGAGUUGAUGCCGAUUUUGAAGAUGGUUUGACCGACUUUCACACCAUUUACCAACCAAACGGCUUCAUGUUUACCUUCCUGAACAUGAGAGAGUUCAUAGACAGAGUUACCAUCUUUCUCCUCUCAAACGAGCAAUUCCCGGGUCAUUCAACCCUUCGGAAUUCCUUAUUUACCAUCGAUGGCCAUCCUCUGGAAAUGACAAAAUUCUUCACGUUUUGGAAAAACUUUGUUAAUGAUCAGAAGUUCCUCCGCGUCUCAAGUCAAUAUAAUGGACAGGAGAGAAGUGUGUCACCUCUUGCCCUAGCAAAUCCUCGGACCAAAGAGCUGGUAGUUCUUCUCCACAACUAUGGCAGCAAAUUUGAGAAUGUUCAACUGGACUUCCCCCAAAACUGGCUCGACCCUUCUACAGGCGAAGAAACAUGCCUUCUGUUUAACAAUAGUAAACCAGUUUUGAACGCUGACUACAGAUUUGACAGGCAUAAACUACAGGGCACUGUUGGUCUCCCAGCAACAUCAACGUGCUUCUACAAGUUCAAAACCAACUACAACUAUGGCGGAAUACGCACAGACAACGAGAAUACAUUCUACGGCAAGAACAUGAUCAUCCCAAUUACUAACGGACGUGCACAGACAACCAUCGCUGUACCCAGCUCUGGAUACCAUACAGCUCAUCUCAGAGUGGGAGUUACCCGAGCCAAGAAUGCCAAAACGAAACCCAAGACAGUCGCGUUCAAUGGCCAGACGUUGUCCUCAAGCUACAUGCUGUUUGAUGCUAUGAAGACUGAAGGGAGAACAGCAUGGAACGUGUGGGAGUUCAUGGUCCCUGCAUCACAGGUCCGCGCGUCAAACUCAGUCACCAUGACCUUUGAUGGAAACGGUGGUGAUGUGACAUCUGUCGCAGUCGUUGUUGGAAAACUUCAGUAAAUAAAAAUUCAUUUUGAAAAUA